AUGGCCGGAGCAGUAUUGGGAAUAUACCGGCUGAUAAGGACUACUGCCGCAGACUAUAAGGCAUCCCUGGUCUCAAGGAUCAAUGCUCAGCUGUUGUCGCUUUGCAUUCGCUUUGCUUUGGCCUGGGUCUUUAUAGAACAAGUGGGCACAGACAUUGACCGAAUGAUGACUAGUCAAGACGAGCUACUAGAUGACUUCUCAUAUUUCCCAUAUCAUGUUGAUUUAGGGCUUGUGAUGAAGUCAGCAUAUUCUGCGUCUGCGAACCCACAUUUCUUCGAGUGGGUUCAUCUAGUCGGGGCAAUGAUGCGCUCUAAAAGAUCUUGUAAUGCUAGACACCUUACAGAUGCCCGAGCGGGAGACAUAUUUGCCAACAGUGCUUGUUUAGCAUAUGUAUAUGCCAAUGUGGUAUCAUUCGGCAAAGUGUAUACCGCAGAAGGAGAGCCGCUUGAAGAAGAUCAAGAUGAGGAAGUCAACAAUCAGGACGAGCUGGAAGACGCUUUGAGAUCUAAGGACCCAGUAGAUUGGAUCUUUAUGAUCAAAUCCUCUAAGGGAGAACUCCCUAAGAAGGUCAAAGCAUUUAUAGCAGGUGUAGCCAAAAACAUACAUGAUCCGAGAGAGGGAACAAUUGAUCAUUAUCUCAAAUCGCCAAUUUACACAUCUCGCUGA